CACAAGGCUCCUUCCCUGGAGUUCUGGAUAAAUCUUAGACUUUUGGACGGCUCAUGCGACACGGCGCCUGGCCGGCGGGAUCGGUUUAUAGAUCAGCAUAUGUCUCAUAAAAUCCCGUCAUGUCGCGACGUCCGAACCUGAGACUGGGUUUGGACCGCGAUGUGUACCAGAUCGUGCUCAAGCUCGAGGAAGAAGGACAGGACGACGGGCGCAAACCCCGUCUCACGGUGAGCUCGGUCUACGAGAGCAUAAAACGGUCAAAUUCAAGCUUGGCGCGGCAAAAGAAGCGGCCCCUUGAGGACUCGAUUGAGCGAGUACUGGCGCUGCGGAAAGACCAGGCCGUGGCCGAUGAGGAGGAGGACUCAGACGACUUGCUCGAGGCUCAAGAAAAGGAGCGUGAGAGGCUGGCCAAGGCAGAGCGCGAUUCCAACCUGCUGAAUCGCCAGAUCGCCAAGUCUUGGCGGUUCGGGUCUGAUAAGGGCGCCAUGUCAAGCGGAACUACGACGCCUGUCGCUACACCGGCUACGAUGCCCGGGGCGCCCCCGGCACCAGAGAUGCUGACAACAAAUGCAGCAGGCGCCGGCCCUACCACCACCGCCGCCAGUGGUGUCGCACCUGUUUUUACAGCUGAUAGGCAAGCUAAUGGCGAACCGAAGCCCAAGAAGAGGAAAGGCGUGCUCAAAGAGGUUGACCGGAGUCCUCCCAACAAAGUCUCCAUCCUGGAUAUUGCGGGUGUCGACGACACCCUCGAGAGGCUACUGCACGAGGUUUGGUUUCCGCUGUGCGCAGGCGAGGCGUGCGAAAAAAUGGGCUACCGCUACGAUAACGGUGUUCUGCUCCACGGACCCUCGGGCUGUGGAAAGACCACCCUCGCCCAUGCCGUUGCGGCCAGCGUAGGCACCGCCUUUAUUCCGGUAUCUGCACCGUCAGUGGUUGGCGGCACCUCGGGUGAAUCGGAGAAGAAUAUCCGUGACGUCUUUGACGAGGCCAUCCGGCUCGCGCCUUGCCUCGUCUUCUUCGAUGAGAUCGACUCGAUUGCGGGCAAGCGGGAAAGUGCCAACAAGGGCAUGGAAAGCCGCAUCGUCGCUGAGAUCAUGAAUGGUAUGGACCGGAUCAAGCAAAAUACGCCGCUGGGGAAGAACGUCGUGGUCCUCGCCGCCACCAAUCGGCCUGACUUCUUAGACCCAGCCAUCCGGCGCCGUUUCAGCGCCGAGAUCGACAUGGGCAUGCCCAGUGAGCGGGCGCGCGAAGAGAUCCUUCGCUCUUUGUCGCGGGACCUCAAUCUAGAUGAAGAUGUCAACUUCAAGGAGCUGGCCAAAAUGACGCCCGGUUACGUCGGCAGCGACUUACAGUACGUGGUCAAGGCAGCAGUGUCGGAGAGCUUCGGGGGAAACCUCGCCCAGCUCAUCGACCAUGCCCGGAAACUGCGCCCGCCAGACUUCCUUCCCAACGCGACCCAGAAGCAGCGCGACUGGCUCCUCCUUGAAGACCACCGCACGGCCUCAUGGGGCGAGAGCCGCAUCACCAUGUCCCAAUUCAAAACCGCCGUAUCGCGCGUCCAACCGGCCUCGAAGCGUGAAGGAUUCAGCACCAUCCCGGACACGACCUGGUCCGACGUCGGCGCUCUCGACGACGUUCGCAAGAAGCUCGAAAUGUCCAUCAUCGGCCCCAUCAAAGACCCCGAACUCUUCAGGAGAGUGGGCAUCAAGCCUGCAGCUGGCAUCCUACUUUGGGGCCCGCCAGGCUGCGGCAAGACGCUGGUCGCCAAGGCCGUUGCCAACGAGUCGAAAGCAAACUUCAUUUCCAUCAAGGGCCCGGAGCUGCUCAACAAGUACGUGGGCGAGUCGGAGCGGGCGGUGCGGCAGCUCUUUGCGCGGGCCAAGUCUUCGGCGCCGUGCAUCCUCUUCUUUGACGAAAUGGACGCCCUCGUGCCCAAGCGCGACGACUCGCUCAGCGACGCCAGCGCCCGCGUCGUCAACACGCUGCUCACCGAGCUCGACGGCGUCGGCGACCGCAGCGGCAUCUACGUCAUCGGCGCCACCAACCGCCCGGACAUCAUUGACGAGGCCAUCCGCCGGCCCGGCCGCCUCGGCACGAGUAUCUACGUCGGCCUGCCUUCGGCCGACGACCGCGUCGAUAUCCUCAAGACGCUGUACAGAAAUUCAGUCACGAGGGCUAGGGCCAGAACCGCCGCCGCCAAGAAAAAUGCCGCCGGCAGCAGCAGCAUGGAUCUGGACAUGGCAGAGACCGGAAGCAUGGCUACUAAGGGCACUAGAGAGGCGGAUCUGGAGAAGGUGGCGCGCGACAUGCGCUGCAACGGCUUCUCAGGCGCCGACCUAGGGAACCUCAUGCAGGCGGCCGCGCAGGCGUGCUUGGAGAGGGCGUAUCUGACCAAGAAGAUGGGAGGGGAUGAGGACGUGGAACCCGUCAUUACCAUGGAGGACUGGGAGAAGGCACUGCGCGAGGUCAAGCCGAGCGUCAAAGACACGGAGAAGUACUACAGCCUUGCUGGCUAGUAGGUCGUUAGCAUACCUAACCUGUAGUGAUAUACGGAUAGUCUCUGGUGUUCUGUGUAUGAGCUGGUUCGUAUAUUUGGGGAGCUACAUGUGUGCGGAAUGAAUUUGGUUUUAGAAGAGCUAAGAGACUCCUUACAUACGUACUCCCAUGUCAGUCAACGAAGCGAACGGAACAGAGGGGGCAGUGUCUUCAGAUCAAGGGGGGCAUCAAGCUGGAAAACAUAAGGGUUAGGG